CUGUUUCUAGAGUCUUCCUUUCUCCGAUGAUGUCCUCCGCCCCCUCCCCGGUUCCCCUCCCCAUCUCCGAUCCCCCCUCCGUCGCCGGUGCAUCCACAGCCCCCGUCUCCACCCCCGCCUUCCGAUUUUUCCUCUCCCGCCUCUCUGACUCCGUCCGCCGCUCCCUCGCCGAGCGCCGUCCAUGGUCCGAACUCGCCGACCGCUCCGCCUUCUCCCGCCCUGACACCCUCGCCGAGGCCUCCUCCCGCCUCCGCAAGAACCUCGCGUACUUUCGCGUCAACUACGCGGCUGUCGUCGCCGCCGUCCUCGCCGUCUCCCUCGUCACCAACCCCUUCUCCCUCCUGGUCCUGCUCGCCCUCCUCGCCGCCUGGUGCCACCUAUACCUCUUCCGCCCCUCCGACCCACCCCUCGUUCUCUUCGGCCGUACCUUCUCGGAUCGCGAGACCCUCGGUGGCCUCGUCCUCCUCUCUUUCCUCAUCGUCUUCCUAACCUCGGUUGGAUCCAUCAUCAUCUCCGCCGCGGUGGCUGGGACAGCCAUCGUCGCCGCCCACGGGGCCUUCCGCGUCCCGGAGGAUUUGUUCCUCGACGAGCAGGAACCCGGCGUCGCCACCGGGCUCUUGUCCUUUCUCGGCGGAGCUGCCUCCUCCGCCGCCGCCGCGGCCACCCCUGGCCGCGUCUGAUGCGUGGGAUCUGAUGGAUUUUGGCUUGAUCGGUGCCGGUUAGAUCUUCUCCCUCAUGUUUGGGUUUGUUUCAUCCUCUCGCAUUACAAAGCGAAAGAGGUCAGACUGUAUCCUAAAUUUUGGAAUUGUGCUCGCUUACAAUAUAUUAUUCAUUCGAUUCUUUUGAUGGAUAACUUAGAUCUGGAGAUUCAUUACCA